AAUGCCUCCACUUCGAAUUUGGAAUCCUGUGGAAGAUGAUGACGUUUGUAACUCCUGGUUUGUCAGGCUUUUCCAAAAAUAACAAAGUCGUUGAAAGCAAAGUCCACAAGCAAUGUAACUGUUUCAACAGUAAAGCGAAAAAAUGUUCCCAAGUUUCAAAGACUUGGGUAAUGGUUGAAGGUACAGGAUUGAGGCUGUUGAAUGGAGAACAAAAGAUGGAGAUGAAGGCAACUAAGGAGGUGAAAACUGGAGAUCGUGCAUCUUUUUGCAGGUGUUGGAAAUCCGCAAAGCAUCCUUACUGUGAUGGUUCACAUAAUAAAUAUAACAAAGAAACUGGGGAUCAUGUUGGACCUAUUGUGGUAGCAGCAGUACAGCCAACAGAGUAGAUACUCUAUUUGGUAUUUCAAAUAAAAAGUCCUAGUUUGCUUGUUCUAGUAUGCACUUAUUGUAUCUUGUAUCGAAACGUCUUUACCUUGUGUAAACAAGAUGAAAGAGUGUUUCUAACUGUUCAUUAUCCUGACAAAUUUUUGUU